UUCUCCUGACCUUGCCAAUGAGAGAGAAGGAGGACAGUGUGUCUGUGUGCGUGAGAGUGACAGAAGGAGCAGUCCUAGUUUGUGCACUGCAGUUCUCCUGCAUAGUGCCGGAAUACAUGUGGCUGUAAUAGCACAGGGAUCUACCUGGCACUCUGCCAGAGAGAAGAGGAGGAAGAUAGGAUGUCAAUAGUGCAUGUGUACUGCAGGGAGCCAGCACAGUGCGGUGUGAGUGUGGUGGGAUGAGAUGGGCGACGGGCAGCAAGGGGAGGGGGUGGGGGGCGAGUGUCGGCCCCAUGCCCUGUUCGACAGCUUUGUGCAGGCGUCGACGUGCAGAGAGACGCUGCGGGCGUUUCAGGAGCUGUGCAGAGAGCUGAAGCUGCAGCCUGGAGGCAAACCGUUCUUCUACCACACCCUGAGGAACAGACUGCACUACUGGAGGGCCAAAGCUCUGUGGGCCAAGCUGGACAAACGUGCCAGCCAAAAAGAGUACCAAAGGGGACGGGCCUGUACCAACACCACGUGUCUGAUAAUAGGUGCAGGGCCGUGUGGGCUUCGCACAGCGAUCGAGCUGAGUUUCCUGGGAGCGAGGGUGGUGCUGCUGGAGAAGAGAGAUGCUUUCUCCCGAAACAACGUCCUCCACCUGUGGCCCUUCACCAUUCAGGACCUGCGUGGCCUAGGAGCCAAAAAGUUUUAUGGAAAGUUCUGCGCUGGAGCCAUUGAUCACAUUAGUAUCCGACAGCUGCAGCUGAUGCUACUGAAGGUGGCUCUGCUCCUGGGUGUGGAGAUUCAUGUGAACGUGGAGUUCAGGAGGCUGCGAGAACCUCCGGAGAACCAAGAGAAGCAAAGUGUUGGCUGGAGAGCUGAGGUCCAUCCCACUUCUCACCCAGUGAGUGAGCUGCAGUUUGAUGUGGUUAUUGGAGCAGAUGGCCGGAGGAACACCUUACCAGGGUUUCACAGGAAGGAGUUCCGGGGGAAGUUGGCAAUCGCCAUCACGGCGAAUUUUAUCAACCGCAACACAACAGCAGAGGCCAAAGUGGAGGAGAUCAGCGGUGUGGCCUUCAUCUUUAACCAGAGAUUCUUCCAGGAUCUACGCAACGCCACAGGUAUCGACUUGGAGAACAUUGUCUAUUAUAAGGAUGACACUCAUUACUUCGUCAUGACGGCCAAAAAGCAGAGUCUACUGGAGAAGGGAGUCAUCCUGCGAGAUUAUGCAGACACAGAGAUGUUGCUCUCUCGAGGUAACGUGGACCAGAAUGCACUGCUGGCGUAUGCCCGGCAGGCAGCGGACUUCUCCACCAGUCAACAGCUUCCGACACUGGACUUUGCAAUCAACCACUAUGGGCAGCCAGACGUGGCUAUGUUUGACUUCACCUGCAUGUACGCGUCCGAGAAUGCAGCGCUGGUACGUCAGCGUAGGGGGCAUCCUCUGCUGGUCGCGCUGGUGGGAGACAGUCUGCUGGAGCCUUUCUGGCCAAUGGGGACAGGCAUUGCUCGAGGUUUCCUGGCUGCUAUGGAUACGGGGUGGAUGGUUCGCAGUUGGGGAUUGGGUGCUGCCCCUUUAGAGGUGCUGGCUGAGAGAGAGAGUGUGUAUCGGUUGCUUCCUCAGACAACGCCAGAGAAUGUCAGUAAGAAUUACAGCCAGUACAGCCUGGACCCUGCUACACGCUACCCCAACAUCAACACACAACUCAUCAGUCCAGCUCAGGUGUGCCACCUAAUAGACUCAGAUGAAGGGCCGAUCCUGGGAGCAGACGUAAUCCUCUCUCCAACGUCAAGGCUCACACGGCAAGAUUCCACAGCUCGGUCAAAUAAGCUGCUGAGCUGGUGCCAGGAGCAGACGGAGGGUUACAGGAGUGUGUGUGUGACUGACCUCACCACGUCCUGGAAGAAUGGGCUGGCCUUGUGUGCACUUAUACACCGAUACAGACCUGACCUCAUUGAUUAUGAUUGUUUGGAGGAGAGUGAGGCUGAGGUAAACUGGCAGUUAGGCUUGGACAUAGCUGAACGGGAGUUUGGCGUAUCCCCCAUCAUGACCAUCCAAGAACUGAGCAUGCUGGAAGAGAGUGACUCACUCUGCAUGGUGAUGUACCUCAGCCAGCUCCACGACCUCCUCAAAGACACAGCGCCACUCAGUGAGAGUCUUAGUCCAGAGGAGAGAGCUGCUCUGCUCUCUAGCACCAAGUCUCCAAUGUGUUUACUCAACAGACUGGGACAGAGUCUGUCCCGCAAACGCAACCCCAAGGAUAAGAAAGAAAAAGAUGCAGAUGGAGUGGGCAAGAGAAGGAGAACAAGCCAAGCUGGCCUGUCGGAGGAUGAUGAGGCUCUGAAAGAUCACCACGACGACCACGACCAGGCAGUGUCACCUGGCUCAGAGUCAAGGACGGUGACAGUUGUUGGUGCUAACCAGAGCAGAGUCAGGUCGAUGGCGACGCAGUUGUUGGCCAAGUUUGAAGAAAACACCCCAUCGCCUUCGGUCACUGCGAUGCGGAGACAGAGGUACAUUAAGAUGUACACAGGGGGAGUGAGCUCACUGGCUGAGCAGAUAGCCAGUCAGCUCCACAGACAGCAGGAUGACCUCAAGCCUCUUCUUGACAAGCGGGAGCUGGGCUCUCAGCGGAGGGAGUUUCUGGCGAGCAUGGGUGGCAGUGAUGUGUGUUACUUCUGUGGCCGGCGAGUGUAUGUGAUGGAGAGACUGAGCGCCGAGGGGAAGUUCUUCCACAGGAGCUGCUUCCAGUGUGACCACUGCAGCUCCACACUGCGCCUCUCCAACUACACCUAUGACCAACUCCAAGGGAAGUUCUACUGUAAGCAGCACUACAGCUACAGGCUGGCGGGAUUGGCUCAGAGGAAAAGGCCGGCUCCGACCCCGGCACUUCGUCCUGCUCAGGCACCUCCUCCCACACCUCUAUCCGCCUCCUCCCCUGGAUCUGCAGACAUGGUGACUCCCCCAGACAGCUGGUCCUCCAGCACCCCACCUGACCUGCCGUCCAGGCUGGCCAAGCGGCUGUGUGGCACGCCGGAGCGCAUUGAGCUGGAGAACUACAGGCCGUGCCUGCAGGAGCAGGGCAGCCCACUGCAGGAGGUGCCAGAGGAGAUGUUGGCGCAGCAUAACCUCAGCCUACACGACAAGGGGAGCGAGGAGCAGUCUAGUAGCUCAGAAUCAGAGCUAGAGGAACAAGGGGAGGCGUCCUGGAGAAGGAGUGAGGAGCCAGAGGCCACGACAAACGAAAUGAGGGAGUUGAACAGAGGGGUGGAGCAACGGGAGGAGGGAGAAGAGGACGAUGAGGAGGAACGAGGGGAGGAGGAGGAAGAAGAAGAGGAGGUUUCUGAAGAAGAGGAGAAUGACGAGGACUCCAGCGAUGAGGGUGAAUAUAGCCCUUGGGAGAGGGAGCGGUUUUCAGGGGUGUGGCUAGACGAAGAGGAGGCAGGUGUGAUCAAAGAAUCCUCAGAUGAACAUGAAGUAAAAUUCUACUCAGACCGAAAACCUAAAUACUAUGACUUCCAGGAUAUGGAGCCCUGCACCCUCGACAGAGAACGAUCUCUUCUUUCAGAAAGCUUGCAUACUACCCUCACAGGCUCUACACAUGCCUUUACACCCACAUCCGACCUGCCUGUGACUCCAGAGGACCCGGUGACCAAGAGGUCAGAGGUUAUAGAGGAGUUCUGGCUGAAGAGUGCUGAGAUCAGGAAGAGUUUGGGGUUAACUCCACUGCCUAGAGAUCUGAAGGAUAUGGAUGGCUGCUCUACCCAAACAUCUAGCACUGGAGACACAUUUUACACCUCUGCUAUACACACACCAUCCCUUUAUACAUCCGCCUCUGACUCCCCCUUGCACACCCCUCACAAAUGUGACAAAAGCAGCCAAAACACAUGCACACACAACACCGAGACGCCUUCACUGACAGACCCUGAGAGCAGACAUACGCACUCCUUGUCCGGCACACCCUCGUCUGGCCGCUCACGUACCUCUGAAGCAGAGGUGGCAGGGGUCAUGCUGGAGGAGGUAGUAGGCCGCUGUUCGGUGGUCCACAGACUUAACAUCACUCUGGAGGGUCGUGUGACUGAGGAGGGGAGGGGCCUGGCAUCUAGCCCUGCUUCCAGCAGCGCUGAAACCAAUCUCAGAGUUUCAGCACCUGCCUCAGGUCUUUUGAAUCCUCCCUGCAGUCCACCUGUCGCCUGCCGCUACCAGCUAGCAGUUGAACCAGCUCGAGAAAGGGAGAUUUUGGUGAGCUCGGAGUUGCAUCCAGGGCUGCUAAAGCAGGAUGAGCUUAAAAAAGGCCUGGGCAGGGCUCAGAGCCUCCCUCCAGAUGAGGUGGAGGUUUUAUGUGCAGAUGAGGCUCACCCCUGCCAUGCUAGUUCAAAUCAAUUGCCACCAAGAGCUAGCAUGAUGGAUCGUAACAUAUCUAGCUUCCCUAGUAAAACACCUUCCCCAGAGCAUGCUAGAAAAGACAGGAGCGCACUGGAAGGCAGGAGGACGCUAUCAGAGGGCCCCCUGCAGGUGGGAGGGGCUGAGGUGUGGCUGCGGAGGCCAGAGGUCAAGUCAGGGGCAGAGGAGAAGGAGAAGAAGCGGAGCUCACUCUUCUCGCCAUUGAAGAGCAGAAAGAGUGGGGAGACGCAGCAGGAGUCCGCCAAGCACAGGUCGCUGUGGAAGAGCGUCUUCUCCGGGUAUAAGAAGGAGAAGAAGAGGAAGGAGGCAGCAGCUCUGGCUGGCACUUUGCCAGCCGCUGCUGACCUGGAGAGCAGGAGGAGAAUGCCUGGCCUCAGCAGAACCACAGACUUGCGCUUUAAGAAGAACCUAAGCUUCUCUGAAGACACAGACCUGUCUUGCAACGCUGUGCUGGAGAGAUCUCCACUCAGAGCUCAGUCUGUUUAUGUGCCUCACGCAUUGGCAUUCAAGAGAGCGUACGCCGUUAAGAAACGCAGAGUGAAGCCGCGGCAGUCGGCCAAGGUGGGGACCCCAGAGUCGUCGUGCCCGACUGAGGUGGUGGGGGUGUGGGUGGUGUUACCGGACCCCUCCAGUAUAAGCCUGUCUUCCACGCUCUUUCAGAAAGCAGGAGCCGAGGAGGAGCUGGACGCUAAGCUGACCCGUCGGGUGCAAAGAGCCGCGCGCAGGCAGGCCAAGCAGGAGGAGCUGAGGAGGCUGCACCGCGCCCAGAUAAUCCAGCGGCAGUUGGAGCAGGUGGAAGUGAAGCAGAGGCAGUUGGAGGAGAAGGGCAUUGCUGUGGAGAAAGCUCUCAGAGGAGAAGCAGACUACUGGGAAGACUCUAGUACCUCCGACCUUCUGGACAUCCACUUGGGUGGGAUGGGGAAGAAGGAUGACCCCAGCCUGAUGCAGCAGUGGUUUAAACUGGUUCAGGAGAAGAACGCUCUGGUGCGCUACGAAUCUGAGCUCAUGAUUUUUGCGCGAGAGCUGGAACUGGAGGACAGGCAGAGUCGGCUGCAGCAGGAGCUGAGGGAGCGAAUGGCAGUGGACGACCAUCUGAAGGGGGAGGAGGAGUUGGAUGAGGAGAAACGUAUCCUGGGGGAGAUGCUGGAUGUGGUGGAACAGAGGGAUGCUCUUGUAGCUCUCCUGGAGGAGCAGAGAGUGAGGGAGAGAGAGGAGGACAGCGACCUGGAGGCAGUCAUGCUGUCCAAGGGCUUCAACCUGCACUGGGCCUGACGCACAAACACCCACACAUCUUGGUUUUAAUAGGAGUGAGCUGCCCCAUAUCUGCUUGGGGCUAUACUUGUGAAGUAUUCUAUACUGGCAACUGCACAAUGUAAAUAGUGUAUCUAUAUUCAGAGAAAGAGAGAGACCACCCUAAAAGAAUAUGUCUCUCAAAUAAGCUGAAAGGCCAAAUAAAACUCCUGUAGAAACUGAAUGGAGAUGCCUUGCUGCCAAAUAGUAUUCUGCUAACUGAGCUGUGUUACUAUGCAUAUGUACACCUUAAAUUUCUGCUUUUUUAUUGUUUUAUUUUUUAUGUCUUUAUUUUAAGGAGAACCAAUGCAGCUGUAUUUGACUGCGUAUAUUUUUGUUGUGCUUUUCGGAGAGAAUGAUGUGGACAGGAGUCGAGCCAUUGUUAGUGCGCAGGAAUGUGGACUGUAAAAUGUAAUUUAUGCAAUAUAUGCCUGUUGUUUUGAGUUGUGCUUGAAGAACUGAAACCAAUCCAUGGCAAACUGAUGUACAGUAGCCUUCCUGAGUUCCUGUCAUCCUUUGAAAUAUGAGCAAAAAAGGUUAAUUUAAAAUGUUUUCGUUGUUUAUCAGCUUGAAAGAAAUCUAACCUUUGAGUGAGGUAAAAGUAUUACAUUUAAAUAAAUAAAAAACCAUAUAUAUAUAAAAAAUAAACAUUUAAUAAACA